CACUUCGCAAUGGCCUCUCCGGAGAAGAUGCACCCAGGGCCGGCCGCCCUGCUCUGCUGCCUCUGCUCCCUGCUGCUCCCCGCCCACGCCAAGGGGCCACCCCCCAGCCCGGAGCCCGCCGAGCCCCCCGGUGCUAUCACACUGCCCGUGAGCUACCGCCUGUCCAACACCCGCUUGGCCUUCUUCCUCAAGGAGCUGGGAGCCAGCCCGGUGGGCAACAGCAGCACCCCGCUGCAACGGGCAGAGCCCUUCGUCGUCUUCCAGACCAAGGAGCUGCCCGUCCUCAACGUCACCCUGGGGCCCUUCAGCACGGGGCUGGUGCUGCCCAAGGAGCAGUUGCAACCCUCCAGCACCUUGGAGGUCCCCGACCGCCUCACCGUCAACUGGAAGGUGCGCGCCUUCAUCGUCCAGCCCCGGCUGGUGGCCAGCCAGCCCGUGGUCCAAGUGCUCUUCUACGUCACCGGCCGGGAUUGGGACGAUUUCGAUGUCACGGACCGGCUGCCCUGCGUGCGGCUCCACGCUUUCCGGGAUGCCCGUGAGAUCAAGAGCUCGUGUCGCCUGCGGGGCAGCCUGGCCAUGUGCCUGGUGCAGGCAGAGCUGCCCCACGCCUGGUUCGGACCCCCGGCUGUGCCGCUGGGCAGGCGGAAGAGCCCCGAGAGCCUGGAGGUGCCGGGUGAGAGCCAGCAAGCCGAGCUCUACUACACCCUGCAUGCCCCCGAUGGGGCCGGACAGUGCCUUGGGGAGAUGGUUCCCCGCCGUGGGGCUGGGGGAGCCAGGACUGAGGGUCCCACCCAGCACCCGCUGCUGCGCAUCGGCAGCGUCAGCCUCCUGCAGCCCGGCCCGGGGCAGCCCAUGCAGGAGCAUCGGCUGGAUGGCAACGUCUUCAUCCGCCUGCCCGACAAGCCCCUCAAGCCAGGCGAGGUGCUCAGCAUCCUCCUCUACCUGAUGUCCAACUCCACCGUGGAGCACUUCACCCUCAGGGUGAAGGCCAAGAAGGGUGUCAACCUGCUCAGCACCAAGUCAAGGAGUGGGCAGUGGCUGGUGAGCUCGGAGCUGCUGACGGGCGGCAAGCACUCCACUGCCACUGUGGAUGUCUCCAGGGUGGACGGUGCUGGGCCCAGGGACGGGGACUCCUCGGAGAUCAUGCAGCUGGAUUUCGAGAUGGAGAACUUCACCAGCCAGUCGGUGACGCGCCGCAUCAUGUGGCACAUCGACUACCGGGGCCGCAACCCGCCGCCCGACCUGGAGAAGGUGGUGACGGAGCUGACGGUCAUCCAGAGGGACAUCAGGGCCAUCGUGCCCCUGGCCAUGGUCCUUCUCUGCCCCAGGGCUGGAGCAGGAGAGGGGCCAGCCAGGAUGUUGAGGCUGCCCUCUAACGUGACAGUCCCCUUUGCACCCCAGGACACGGAAAUCAUCAACACGGCCAUCCUGACGGGGCGGACGGUGGCCAUCCCCGUGAAGGUCAUCGCCAUUGAGCUGAGCGGUGUCAUCGUGGAUGUCUCUGCUAUGGUUGAGUGCAAGUCCAACAACGAAGACAUCAUCAAGGUCUCCAGCAGCUGUGACUACGUCUUCGUCAGUGGGAAGGAGUCGCGGGGCUCCAUGAGCGCCCGGGUCACCUUCACCUACGAGCACCUCUCUGCCCCGCUGGAGAUGACAGUGUGGGUGCCCAAGCUGCCGCUGCACAUCGAGCUCUCAGACGCCCGCUUGAGCCAAGUGAAGGGCUGGAGGGUGCCCAUCCUGCCGGACAGGAGGUUGGUGCGGGACAGCGAACACGAGGAGGAUGAGGAGGAGCGGAGGCAGAGCCGGGGCUGUGCCCUGCAGUACCAGCACACCACGCUGCAGGUCUUCACCCAAUUCCACACCACGGCGGCGGAGGGCACGGAGCAAGUGGUCACCAUGCUAGGGCCCGACUGGCUGGUGGAGGUCACCGACCUGGUCAGCGACUUCAUGCGUGUGGAUGACCCACGGGUGGCCCACAUGGUGGACAGCUUCACGCUGGCCGGCAGGGAGCCGGGCACCACGCUCUUCAAGGUUGUGUCCCCGCUCAUGGAAGCGGUGCUGGGUGAGACGCUGGUGACGGUGGCGGAGGAGAAGGUGAGCAUCACGGACCUGAAGGCCCAGGUGGUCUCCAGCCUCUCGCUGUCCCUCCACCCCAGCCCUGGCAACAGCCACACCAUCAUUGCCCGGACGUCCGUGCAGCAGAACCUCAGCUUCUUCAAGCAGGAAGCGCUCCUGAGCCUGUGGAUUUCCUACAGCGACGGCACCACGGCCCCCCUGUCCCUCUACGACCCCAAGGACUACAACCUGGUGGUGAGCAGCCUGGAUGAGAAGGUGGUCUCGGUGACCCAGGACCGGGCGUUCCCUUUGGUGGUGGCACAGAGCGAGGGCGCAGGGGAGCUGCUGCGGGUUGAGCUGGUCAUCUGCGAGAGCUGCCAGAAGACCAAGCGCAAGAGCGUCCUCUUCACAGCCUUGGCCAACGUGCGGGUCCACUUUGGGUCCGAGGAGGACCCAACCUAUGACUAUGACCACGUCCCCAGCAAGCCAGGGCUGGCGGAGACGGGGGCAAGCACCACCCUGCGGGCAGAGGUGGAGAGGAAAGCGGAGCCAAGCGAGGACAGUAGGAUGUCCAGCGCAUCUCAUCCCACCGAGGACUUCCCCACCAUCCCCACGGGCUUUGUCCAGGUGACCAGGGGGCUCACAGACCUGGAGAUAGGCAUGUACGCCCUCCUGGGUGUCUUCUGCCUGGCCAUCUUGGUCUUCCUCAUCAACUGCAUUGUCUUUGUGCUGAAAUACCGGCACAAACGUAUCCCGCCUGAAGGCCAGACCAACAUGGACCAUUCCCACCACUGGGUCUUCCUGGGCAACGGGCAGCCCUUGCGGGCUCACAAUGACCUCUCCCCCCAGCCCGAAAGCCCUGGGAACCCGCUGGAAAACGUCCAGACCUGCUGCCACGGGGACCACCACAGCAGCGGGAGCUCACAGACCAGCGUGCAGAGCCAGGUCCAUGGCCGUGGGGACGGCUCCUCGGGGGGCUCCACACGGGACCAGAGCGAGGACCCGCUCAACUCCCCCACCUCCAAACGGAAGCGGGUGAAGUUCACCACCUUCGCCACGCUGCCCUCCGACGAGCUGGCCUACAACUCCAUCCCCAUCGCUGAUGAGGAGGACUUGGAGUGGGUCUGCCAGGACAUGGGGCUGCAAGACCCCGAAGAGCUUCACAACUACAUCCGCAGAAUCAAAGAGAUCGCUUAGCGCAGGGGCAGAGGGGAUGGGGCGGGAGGGAGGGGGCUGCCACGCUGUGCCACGCCACGCCACGCCGUGCCACGCCACGCCACGCCACACCAGCCGUGUCCCCGGGGCUGGAGACCCACGUUCAGCUCUCUUUUGUGCGUCCCCUCUUCCGCACAUCUCACGUCCUCACCCCGUUGGAAGGCACCCACUGGGGCCUUGUUCUUUCCGUGCCCUUUAUCAUCUGGUUUUCCCAGAGGAGGCAUCAAGCACACGUGUGGCCCCCCCAACCCGCUGGCUUGUGGUGGGGGGCAGAAAAGGGAGCCGGGGUGGGGGGCAGAGAUGGAUGGGGUUAGAACCUCUGUGCGUGUCCAGUGGUGCACGGGGCAGGAUGAUGCUGCGGGUCCUGCUGUGCAGGGAGCGGAGGAGAAGAGAUGCUCAGCGGGAAGGUGGCUGGUGGGGGCUUCCCGAAGGCACCCCCCUGCCUUUGCUGCACUCGGUGGCACAACUGUGGAGGUGAGUGCUGGUUCAGGGAUCUGCUGUUGGAGUGUUGGGGGGCUGCCCCAGCCAAAGCCUGCUGCCCCGUGCUGUGAGUGAUGCAGGAUGGGGAUCCGAGACCCACGGCCACGGGGCUGGGGCACUGCUAUCACCACCACCUGCUGUAUCAGCACUAA